AUGUCGUCUUCUUCUCCAAUCGUCUACUCCAUCUCCCUUCUACUAUCCCUCGCACUCAUCUUCAUCUUCGCUCCCGAAAUCCUCCCUUCCCAAAACCCUUUUUCCUCCCCUCACGACGAUCUUGACGAUCUCGCUCUCUUCAAUAAAGCCCUCCGCUCCGUCCACGGCGGCGGCCGCGGCGGCCACCGCCGGCUCCGAAUCUCCCGCCUCGCCACCAAAAACCCCACCCCCAAGAUCGCCUUCCUCUUCCUCACAAACUCCAACCUCACCUUCGCCCCUCUCUGGGACCGCUUCUUCCGCGGCCACUCCCACCUCUACAACAUCUACGUCCACGCCGAUCCCUUCUCCGCCGUCGAAAUCCCUCCACCCUUCGAAUCGCACCUCAUACCCAGCAAGAGGACAGAGAGGGCUUCCCCAACCUUAAUCGCCGCCGAGCGGCGGCUCCUCGCCCGGGCCAUUCUCGACGACCCGUUCAAUCUCUAUUUCGCCCUCGUCUCCCAGCACUGCAUCCCUAUCCACUCUUUCCCCUUCUUCUACCGCUCGCUUCUUGGGGAUAACCCGAUUAGGGCUUUCGGCUCCCAGCCUCGUCACCGGAGCUUCAUCGAGAUCCUCUCCGACGACCCCAAUCUCCCCGAGCGGUACGCCGCCCGCGGGGAGAACGCGAUGAUGCCAGAGGUGCCCUUCGACGAGUUCCGGGUCGGGUCGCAGUUCUUCGUGCUCGCCAAGCGCCACGCGCUGCUCGUGCUGUCUGACAGGAAGCUGUGGAGGAAGUUCCGGCUCCAGUGCCUGAACCUGGACUCCUGUUACCCGGAGGAGCACUACUUCCCGACGCUUCUGUCCAUGGCGGAUCCCAAAGGGUGCAGCAAGUUCACUCUGACGAAUGUGAACUGGACGGGGAGCUGGGAUGGACACCCGUACACCUACGAGGCACCGGAGAUAUCGGCGGGGUUGAUACGGAGGUUGAGGCAGUCCAAUUCCAGCUACCCUUAUUUUUUUGCCAGGAAAUUUUCGCCGGAUUGCCUGCCGCCGCUGAUGGAUAUUGCCGAGGACGUAAUUUUCCGGGAUUGA